GCGGGCACAGCCCCGAGCAGCCUCUCUAGGCCCCAGCGAGCGGCGGCGCGGCCUUCUCUAUGGUCUGGGCGGGCGGGGCCUGUGUUGUCAUCGGCGGCGCGACGACGGAGGAGGCGGCCAAGGCCCGGGCGGGGGGUUUGGUUUCGGUUUGGCGACGGCUGCAAGCGGGGUCGGUGACGGUCGACAUGGGAGUCCCCAAGUUUUAUCGGUGGAUCUCGGAGCGGUAUCCCUGCCUCAGCGAGGUGGUGAAGGAGCAUCAGAUUCCUGAAUUUGACAACUUGUACCUGGAUAUGAAUGGAAUCAUACAUCAAUGUUCACAUCCUAAUGAUGAUGAUGUUCAUUUCAGAAUUUCUGAUGAUAAAAUUUUUGCUGAUAUUUUUCACUACUUAGAGGUAUUGUUUCGCAUUAUUAAGCCCAGAAAAGUUUUCUUUAUGGCAGUUGAUGGUGUGGCUCCAAGGGCAAAAAUGAACCAGCAACGUGGAAGACGUUUUCGGGCAGCAAAGGAGGCAGAGGACAAAAUCAAAAAAGCAUUAGAAAAGGGAGAAAUUCUUCCUACAGAAGCGAGAUUUGACUCCAACUGUAUUACACCAGGAACUGAAUUCAUGGCCAGAUUACAUGAGCAUCUGAAGUAUUUUGUAAAUAUGAAGAUUUCCUCAGACAAGUCAUGGCAAGGAGUUACUAUCUACUUAUCAGGCCAUGAGACUCCAGGAGAAGGAGAGCACAAAAUCAUGGAAUUUAUCCGAUCCGAGAAAGGAAAGCCAGAUCAUGAUCCAAACAUCAGACAUUGUCUUUAUGGUUUAGAUGCUGACUUGAUUAUGCUUGGAUUAACAAGCCAUGAGUCACAUUUCUCUCUUUUAAGGGAGGAGGUCCGAUUUGGUGGCAAGAAAACACAAAGAGUAUGUGCACCAGAAGAAACUACAUUUCACCUCCUACACUUAUCUUUAAUGAGAGAAUAUAUUGACUAUGAGUUUUCUGCAUUAAAGGACAAGAUUUCCUUUAAAUAUGACAUUGAAAGGAUAAUAGACGAUUGGAUUUUAAUGGGAUUUCUUGUUGGCAAUGAUUUUAUUCCUCAUCUACCUCAUUUGCAUAUCAAUCAUGAUGCACUGCCUCUUCUUUAUAGAACUUAUAUGACUGUCUUGCCAGAACUUGGUGGUUAUAUUAAUGAAAAUGGCCAUCUCAAUUUACCUCGGUUUGAGAAAUAUCUUAUAAAACUGUCUGAUUUUGAUCGUGAACAUUUCAGUGAAGUUUUCGUUGAUUUGAAAUGGUUUGAAAGCAAAGUUGGCAACAAAUACCUCAAUGAAGCAGCAGGUAUUGCAGCAGAAGAAGCAAAGAACUACAAACAAAAGAAACUAAAGGGCCAGGAAAACUCCAUGUGUUUGGCUGCUUUAGACAAAACUGAAGAAGAAGUGAUGACUUCAAAGAGUGUCGUAGAAGAUGAACCUGAAGAUGAUGACCUCUUUGAAACAGAAUUUAGACAGUACAAGAGAACAUAUUACAUGACAAAGAUGGGGGUAGAAAUUGUUUCAGAUGACUUUUUGGCCGAUCAAGCUGAAUGUUAUGUGCAGGCAAUACAGUGGAUUCUGCACUACUAUUAUCAUGGAGUUCAGUCCUGGAGUUGGUAUUACCCUUACCAUUAUGCACCUUACCUAUCAGAUAUUCGCAACAUUAGUGAACUCAAAAUUCAGUUUGAAUUAGGAAAACCUUUCAUGCCAUUUGAACAGCUUCUUGCAGUACUGCCAGCAGCCAGCAAAGAUUUGCUUCCUGGAUGCUACCAGCAUUUGAUGACUAGUGAAGACUCUCCAAUUAUAGAAUACUAUCCUCCAGAUUUUAAAACUGAUCUAAAUGGGAAACAACAAGAAUGGGAAGCUGUCGUUUUAAUCCCAUUUAUUGAUGAAACCCGACUACUGCAGGCCAUGGAGUCGUGCAACAAAUAUUUGAAAGAAGAGGAGAAAAAGAGGAACAGGCAUAGUGAGUGCCUGAUGUACUGGUUUGACCAGGAUGCCGGGUUUAAGUACCCCUCACCCUGGCCUGAGAAGUUCCUCACCAUUGAAAAGUGCCGUGCCAGGUAUAAAAUAAUAUCUUUAGAUGCUUGGCAUGUGGAUAUUAAUCAUAAUAAAAUAACUAAAGUUGAUGAAAAGACACUGUAUUUCUGUGGGUUUCCUACUUUAAAGCACAUCAAACACAAGUUUUUUCUGAAGAAAAGUGGGGUACAAGUAUUCCAACAAAGCAGCCGUGGAGAGAAUAUGAUGUUAGAAAUCCUAGUUGAUAAUGACUCAGAUGAACUUCAAAUAGAAAACAUUGCCUCAUUGGUGCUCGGAAAGUCUGUCUUUGUUAACUGGCCUCACCUUGAAGAAGCUAGAGUUGUAGCAGUAUCCGAUGGAGAAACUAAGUUUUACUUAGAAGAAACUCAAGGAACACAGAAGCUUUAUUUGGGAAAAAGUGCCCCACCAACUAAAGUGGCUCAUGUUGGAGAUAAAGAACAGUCUAACUGGAUGAAAGAAGUCCAAGCAAUCUCAGAACUCUACCAGAGAAGAAAAGGAAUAAUAAUAAAUGAAACUUCUGUUGUUGUGUAUGCUCAGUUACUUACCGGUCAUAAAUAUCAAUUAAAUCAAAAUGGUGAGGUUCAUCUGGAGAAACAGUGGUCAAAACAAGUUCUUCCUUUUGUUUAUCAAACUAUUGUCAAGGAUAUCAGUGCUUUUGAGACACAUUUCUCUAAUAUCAAAACAUUGGGUGACCUAUUUCCACCUAGAAGUACAGUCUUUAUGCUGGGAACUCCUUACUAUGGCUGCACAGGCGAAGUUCAGGAUUCAGGGGAUGUGAUCACAGAAGGUAGAAUUCGUGUGGUUUUCAACAUUCCAUGUGAACCUCAUCUUGAUGCCUUAAUACAGAACCAGCAUAAAUAUUCUAUAAAAUACAAUCCUGGAUAUGUUUUGGCCAGUCGUCUUGGAGUGAGUGGAUACCUUGUUUCAAGGUUUACAGGAAGUAUUUUUAUUGGAAGAGGAUCUAGGAGAAAUCCCCAUGGAGACCACAAAGCCAAUGUGGGGUUGAACUUGAAGUUCAAUAAGAAGAAUGAAGAGGUUCCUGGUUACACCAAAAAAGUUGGCAAUGAAUGGAUGUAUUCUUGUGCUGUGGAGCAGCUCCUGGCAGAGUACCUUGAAAGGGUACCAGAACUCUUUAGUUACGUAGCUAAGAACAGCCAAGAAGAUGUGUUCUAUGAAGAUGACAUUUGGCCUGGUGAAAAUGAGAAUGGUGCUGAGAAAGUUCAAGAAAUUGUUACGUGGCUAAAGGCGCAUCCUGUCAGUGCUUUGUCUCGCUCAUCUUGUGAUUUACAAAUUCUGGAUGCAGCUAUUGUUGAGAAAAUUGAAGAAGAAGUAGAAAAGUGCAAGCAAAGGAAGAGUAAUAAGAAGGUACGAGUGACAGUGAAACCCCAUUUACUGUACAGACCUUUAGAGCAACAGCAAGGGAUUAUUCCUGAUCGGGAUGCAGAAUUCCGUCUUUUUGAUCGUGUUGUAAAUGUGAGAGAAAACUUUUCAGUUCCUGUGGGUCUCCGUGGCACCAUCAUAGGAAUUAAAGGAGCUAGUAGAGAAGCAGAUGUGCUUUUUGAAGUAUUAUUUGAUGAAGAAUUUCAUGGAGGUUUAAGGAUAAGGUGCUCACCAGCAAGAGGUUAUCGACUGCCAACAAGUGCCUUAAUUAACCUUUCUCAUGGUAAUCGCUCAGAGACUGGAAAUCAGAAAUUGACAGCCAUAGUGAAGCCGCAGCCUGCUGUGAACCCAUGUACUUCAAGUUCAUCUGGUCCGUUUGCUUCAGCUUCUCAGAAAACUCAUUUAGGCUCCAACAAUUCUCGAUCAGUUUUGACUUCUACUCAAGUACUUGUUAAAGAUGAUGAUGAAUUUUGCAGUAUUUGGCAAUCACUACAAGGGUCAGGAAAGCCUCAACAUUUUCAGCAGAAUUCACAAGAGAAGAGUUUGGUUCUACCUCAAGAAAUAAACAAAGGAACUACUCCUACUCAGUAUCAUAAACCUGGCUUCAAUGACAGCACCAUUAAGAGUCAGCAAAGAAAGUGUGACCAAUAUAGAAGAUUUAAAGAAGAUGGUAAAAUUUCUAAGAAUGAAUCUCAAUCACAAAAGACCGUAAAUAAACAGACUUUUGGAGGAACCCCCAAAUCUAAUGUUAAGCUUUUGAAGAGAAAUGAAAGUUCCAAUGCCGCAGAAGUCCAAAAGGUUGUAACUGAUGAUUCAAAUCCAACUGGGAAGACUGACCCUGGAAUUGAGAAUUUCCUAAUAUCCUUGAAAAUUACCAAGGAGAAUGAAGUGCAAUAUGAUGAAGAACCAACAACAAGUGAAGAACAUUUGUCGCCACAGUCAUUUGCUAUGAAGGGAACACAGAUGCUUAAAGAAAUUCUGAAAAUUGAUGGCUCUGACCCUGCGGACCACAAGAAUGAAGUAAAACAAUUAGUUAAUGAAGUUAAUGCUUCUUCUAAUAGGAAAGAGGUCUAUGGAUCUUCACAGCCUAGGCAAACCAAGAAGUUAGCGGCUUAUAUGAAUAAGCCUCAUAAUCCAGGGGAUUGUCAUAAUGCUCCAGCAAUAGACAGUUUAGGCCGACCUGUCCUCAAUCAGCAGCCACCUUUGUCUACACCAGUAUCAGAGCUUUCCAGACUUUGUUCUCUUGUUGGAAUGCCACAACCAGAUUUCACCUUUCUCAGAACGCCACAGACAAUGACAGUUUGUCAGGUAAAAUUGUCUAAUGGCUUACUAAUACAUGGACCACAAUGCCCAUCUGAAAAUGAAGCCAAGGAGAAAGCUGCUUUUUUUGCUUUACAACACCUGAGCACUGUAGGAAUGAAUUUUCCUUUGCCUCCACCAAUGUUUCCAAAUUAUCCACCUGCUGUACCCACCGGGGCCAUUCCUCCCGUGUUUGCCCCACCUACUGGCUGGGAUCACUAUGGAAGCAGCUUAGCCUUUGGGGCAGCUAAUAUGAUGCCUCCAUCGCCUCACAUCUUUAGCUCAAUGCCCUGGGGAUCUCCAAUGCCAAUUCCUGGGAAGCCUUAUCACCACCAUACUCCAUAUCCCACCAACAUGCCUCUCACAGGACCAGUGCCAGUUGCACCUCACAAUCAGUUCAUACCUCUUCAGGUUACAAAGAAAAGAGCUGCAAACAAAAGAAACGUUGAGUGUAAGGCAGCCCCUGGCUGUUCUCAGGCCACUCCUCUUCAGCCAGAGUCCCCAGGAAUGUCAGAAGGUGCCCAGUUAACUUCACAGGAGAGUUCAUCAACUUUAAAGUCACCUCAAGUUCCUCCAACUACAAUUUCUUUUCAAGACAGAUUAGCCCCUUCAGGUUCUGGUACUUCUCGUGGUAAAUCAACACCAGGUUCUUCACGAAGAAAAUCAAGGAAACUGGCAGUCAACUUUGGUGUUUCUAAACCAUCAGAAUAAAAUAUGGUAUUUAGGAUUAAAUUAAUGUUUCAUUUAUAACCUCCCCCAAUUUUUUUUAAUAAGGAUAUAAUGUCCUAUUUAAAAAAAAAAAAAGAAUGCACUAUUUUAAAAAAUAUAUUGUUUGUUGUAUUGAAAAACUGAAGAACUUUUAGAUAUUAGGCUUUUUUUUCAGACUGUUUAAAAAUAUGUGUACAAAACAUUUGUGUUGUGAAAGGCACUGAAGAAGCAAACUUAAAAUGAACCACUCCAUCCAUCGUGCCUAGACAACGAGCAUCUUAGUACUAUGACUUGGAUAUUGUGUGAGCAAUAAUAAUAGCAUUUUCUAAUCUUUCUUUGAGGCAGUUACAUAGUGGUAGAGUCAAAAGGAGGCCUCAAACAUAUACUAAAAGUGAGUUUUAUUUUUGUAAUACCUUAACAAAAUGGAUGGGGAAGAAAGGAGUGGCUCUUAUUUUUUUGCAUCUUAAUUUGUAUUCUUUAGCUGUAUGGGUCCUUUGAGCCUACAAGAAAUUAAACCUUGGGCCUACAAGAAAAAAAAAAUGGGGCUGCUGCUACCAGGCUUGUUUGUUUCCUGUCCAAAUUUUAUGCCAAAGCUGCUUUCAAAUACCAACCAGAACUUUGAUCUCUCUAAAUGUCAAGAACUUGAAUACCAAAUUAGGUUUGAGUAAUUAAACACUUGGGUUGCUCAUGAACCAGCAUUGUUAAUUAAUAAUAGUUUAAUUUAAAUAUCCACAGGAUACAAUUACUACAAUUGAAUAGACUGUUGGACUAUAAUGCAAGUCAUUAAUCAUGUCAAUAUAAUUCUUAUGUAUGAUUUUCCUGCUGCUGCUUUACCACCAUAUGAACCUGCCUCUCAUCCCAACACAGUGCUGCACAGGGGAUUAAAGAAAUCUUAAAUAUAGUUUCAAUUCCAGAGUGUGUCCUAACAUAGGCGCAAACAUCAAUCAAUCAAAUAUCAAAAAUCUAUUUUAUAUAUUAUUAUCUCCUUGACAGAUGUCUUUCAUGUCAGUUCCAUAUUUUUAAACUGUUUCUUGGAACUGCUUAGUGACUGGCAUUGUGUUUUCUUUGCAUGUUAUUUAUAUUUAUAUUCAUGUAUGAGAGUGUGUAUAUAUUCAGUUUGAAACUAUUGAAAUUAUUUUAAAAUUUGUUAAAAAUUCAAUGUCACCAAGGCAAAUUUGUAUACUUAAGGAUCUAGUCUUUAUUAUUUGUUUUUUAAAGAAUGGGCAUUGUCAUAAGCUUUAUUUUUUAAAAAAAAAUGAUAAAAAAGAAAGGACCACACACUGAAUGUGGUAUUGCUUUUUAAUCUUGUGUCCAACUUUAUUGGUCUUCUAUUCUGCUCUUGGUCUCAAGGCAGUUUUUAUUCUCAAAAUUCAAUUGUUAACAGUAUUUUCCCCUCUCACUGCUGAUUCUAGUGUUCUUUUAGGAAGUUACAUAAAGUGAUGUUAACAAAAGAAUAGUGCCUUUAGCACAAGGAGAUGAUCUUAACUGAUAUAUUACUGUUUUGAGCUAUUCACUAGAUUCUGUAUUUUCUUGGUUCUUCAAAUACUAGCUCCUUAAUUUUUACUGUUCAGAAGAAAGUUUUUGUAUAUUAUGGUUACAGUGAACAGUGUCUAAUGAGUCAAGUAAUUGGAAUAUUACAAACUCUCUAUGUCAUUGGCACUCCCCAAUAGCCAACAGUCAUUCUUAUGGCUUUCAGAUACUUAGAGGACACUUAGUAGGAAUAGGAAACAUUUUACUCCUCUUUUGGAAUCCAAGAGAAAAAAAUAAAAUCUAAUAGAAAAAGUGAUGUUAGUACAAAUAUACAUUUAUGGCAUAUUAAAAUUACUUCAUCUUCAACAGCUAUGGACACUAACAAACGGAAAUCAUUUCAACGUAUUAAUGUUAAUAUAACUUCUUUUAGGAUAGAAAGAGAAGAAAAUACAGAACUGUAAGAAGAGGUUUAUUUAGUACUGUGCAAUUUUCCAUCUUAGUUUUUCAAUGUUCUAGUUAAGCUUGCUCAAAAUUAUAUGAGCUGUUACCUUUAAUAGCAGAAUUGCUUUUAGCAUGAUGCCAAGAAAAUGAGUGAAUUGAUUCAUAGAAACAUAAAAAUAAAUAACCAAGUGAUUAGUUAACAAUCAUGAAUUCCUAUAGGGCUUUUUUUUUUUUCUUGAAGUUCUUUUCCAAGUGCUUAUCUGACUGAAGCUGCAGAGAUAAAAUGGAAUAGAAUACAAAAGGCAAAUGGACAUCUUUUACCUACUCUCUUCAGGAAGCCAGUCUGGUACUAACUUUGCCCCAGAAAUGAAGAUUUGAAAGCCCCUAGAGAGUUUAUCCACCUCCGGUUAAAUUAUGGAAUUUUGUGUCCAUUUAUGGUCAUGCCUGGUGUAAUCUUUUCUCCUAUAAUUGAAACUUUCAGCCAGAGAACUUAAAUUCUUUGGUUAACUCUUUGAUCUAUAGCAAGCUCAAAUUAGUCCCCUGGGAUGGCAGGAUGCUAUUUACUCUGCUGCCUCUUUUUUGCAGAUCAAACUCUUCUUGGUAAUAUGAUAGGGGUCAGAAGAGCUAAGCCCAAAGUGGUUUAUCUGUAGGUAUUUCAGAAAGAAUACUAAAGUGUCCCUUAACUUUAUUUAAGCACUAGUUAGAUGCAUACUUAGUUAAUAAAAAUGUAUUUAUUUAUUGACCACAUUUAGCAGAUUCUUUCAUCUAUCUUCAAGGAUGCUGCUCAUAUUUUUCCAAAUUACUUAAAGUUAUUUUUAUAUUUUUAUAGAUUAAAUAAUCCAGACAUUUCAUAAAGAUUUAAGCAUCCCAGAAUGGAUGAAUUGAAGAUUUUAAUUCAUCUGUAAGUGAACCUUAGUUCCACCUUGGAACUUGCUAGUUAACAAAAAGCAUCCAAAUAGUUAUGAUUGGAAAUGCUUUUUGUUGAUUUUUUUUUUUUUUGAUAGCUAGUAGAGAUGUAGAUAUAUUCAUUUAAAUUAAGAUGGUUUUCAUUUUUGUCCUGAGAACUAUUUAGUACCCAAUUAGGACUAUUUAAAAAAGAGAGAAAGCUGGUAUUAAAUAUCAAAAUAAAAUAUAUCAAAACACUGCUUUCUUGACCAGUACCAUUCUAGCCUAUUAAAAAUAAUCUUGGCUCUAAAGGUUAUUUGGAAAACAUUUCAUUAAAACCUAUUGGAGUUCUCAGUUUUUUGAAGUUAGUGAUAAGUCAAAAAGUCCCCCCCCCUUUUUUUUUUUUUUUGUAGAGGGGGUGAAGUAAUUGGGGGGGGGGGCUGCUGGGUGUGAAACCAAUCACUGUUCACUUGUCUGGGAGAGAGGCAUAAAUAGUGCUGCUAAUAUGUUUUUGUUGGGUUUAAUGAGCAAACUUUGGCAGCUAAAUUUUUACCUAGUUAAAAGUUUUUAAAGAUACUCAGUCCUCGCCUAAUUAAAGAUACAAACUCAAUUCCAGGAACAAGAUAGGCAUAUCAAAGUUGUCAGGUUCCCCACAUAGAAACUCUCUCCCCCUUUUUCCCUCCCACCCCACCCCCGACAGCCAAAUAGUAUUAUAACAAAAGAUAGAAUUAAUUUAAUUUAUCGUAUGAGGCUACCGAAAUAUUGUAGUACUACUAUUUAAGGAAGGGGAAAAAUUAGCAAUGAAAACAGGAUUCAGUACUGAAAAUUAGAUCAUAUCUUUUGAGUAAUGUGUAGCUUUUUAAUUUUUUAUUAAGACUAAUAGUGGUAUAAAAUUUGGAGAUAAAACCUUUUAAUUGUCUGACACUUAGAAUGGGAACUGAAAAAGUAAUGAAGUGCUUGCCUGUAUCAAAGCAUUCAACCAUCUGAAGUACAAUUGAUGAAGAGUACUAUCCCAUAUCCAAGAGAUAUAUCUUCAUAGUAGUUCCCCCUUCCAAACCAGUAUAUUUCAGAAGUAUUGUAUCCCCAUCUUGCAAUUUUUACAGUCAUUUAGAUGCCAUAAAACAGAGGAGGUAAUUUGGUGUAGCACAGCAAGCGCUGGAUUUGAAGGCAGAGGACAUAGAUUCAAAUCCAUGUUCUACUUAGUGCCUGUGAGACUUUGAACAAGUCACUGUCUGGGCCUCAUUUUUUGCCUCUCUACAGUUCAGGGUUUGGACAAGAUAAUCUCUGAAGUCCUUUCCAGCUCUAAAUCCUGUCUGAAUUCCCAAGGCCAGUGAAGAUUGUUUCAUCUGUAGCCAGAGUCUCAUACUAUAGGCUCAUGCAGAAUUAAUCAGAUGAGAAUUUGUCCCAUAAUUGGCUGUGGGUUUCAUUCAUCCCUUCUUCAUACCUUACAGUUCAUUUUUCUUUUUAUUCACAGGUUGCAUACAGUUUCUUCUACCCGAUGCCCAAUUGUUUGUUUUAGUUUUUAUGUAUUCUAGUACAUGAGUAAUGGAUUUGUGCUACAUCAUCCAUGACUUCAACAUUUGUUUUAAACAAUGUAAUUAAGUUACAUUUUCCAAAUAUAUCUUGAAGCAUUUCUUUAUCCUCAUAGAUAAAAAUAUUUUAUAUGUACUGGAAUUUUUCAUUAGAACUUAUACAAAGCAGUAUUUUAUUAGAAUCCCAAAGGGAAAAACCUUUCUGUGCUCAUUUUGUAGUUUAUGUUUUUUUAAUACUUUGUCAUUGUUUAUCUGCCAAGUGUCUUAAACCUGUAUUUGAAUGGAUCUAGAAUGUAUUUUUGUGUUUAGUGUUAAGUUGUGCAUUUACAGAUUUCCAGCAUGUAGUUUGCCUAAAAGACUGUGCAAAAAGUAUUUUAAAGUAUGAUACAUUGGAGGAAUAAAAGAACCAGCCAUAAGAUUUAAAUGCUAUAUACAUCUGUAAUUAAACAAUUGAUAAUCAUUCUAUAA